GUCCGGGAGGUAGCAGCGGUAGCGGCAGCGGCAGCGGCGGCCCUGAGGAGACUGAGGCGGCCGCGUCGGGAGCCGCCCGCGCGUCUGGCGGAACCUCGAGCUGUCCGGCGGUCGCAGGCGCUGAGGCAUUUGCCGUUUCCUACCCGGCUCGGCGCUCCCGGCCCUGGCUGGGCAGGGCAGAGUGCCCCUGGGGAGGGGCGGAGCUGUAGAUAUGGCAUAAAAUAUUUCUUCAAGAUUGGACAGCUGGUAACCUGGUAUUGUUGAUAGCCUUAAGCUGACUUUAUAGCCAUAGAGAAACCUCACGGAAUUGCAUUGUUAUUUUCUGCUUUACAACAUUUCUGGCGCCUAAGUUCACCCUGCAACCAUGUAUGGAAGUGCUCGAUCAGUAGGAAAAGUGGAACCAAGCAGUCAGAGUCCUGGGCGAUCACCUCGGCUUCCGCGGUCUCCUCGCUUAGGUCAUCGGCGAACAAAUAGUACAGGAGGGAGUUCUGGAAACAGUGUUGGAGGUGGCAGUGGGAAAACCCUCUCAAUGGAGAAUAUACAGUCCUUAAAUGCUGCCUAUGCUACAUCUGGCCCUAUGUACCUAAGUGACCAUGAAAAUGUGGGUUCAGAAACACCUAAAAGCACCAUGACACUUGGCCGUUCUGGGGGACGCCUGCCUUAUGGUGUUAGAAUGACUGCUAUGGGCAGUAGCCCCAAUAUAGCAAGCAGCGGGGUUGCUAGCGAUACCAUCGCAUUUGGAGAACAUCACCUCCCUCCUGUUAGUAUGGCAUCCACUGUACCUCACUCUCUUCGUCAGGCAAGAGAUAACACCAUCAUGGAUCUGCAGACACAGCUGAAGGAAGUGUUAAGAGAAAAUGAUCUCUUGAGGAAGGAUGUGGAAGUAAAGGAAAGCAAAUUAAGUUCUUCGAUGAAUAGCAUCAAGACCUUUUGGAGCCCAGAGCUGAAGAAAGAGCGAGCCUUGAGAAAAGAUGAAGCUUCCAAAAUCACCAUUUGGAAGGAGCAGUACCGAGUUGUGCAGGAAGAAAACCAGCACAUGCAGAUGACAAUCCAGGCUCUCCAGGAUGAGCUGCGGAUUCAGAGGGACUUGAAUCAGCUGUUUCAGCAAGAUAGCAGCAGUAGGACUGGAGAGCCUUGUGUGGCAGAGCUGACAGAGGAGAACUUCCAGAGGCUGCACGCUGAGCACGAGCGGCAAGCCAAAGAGCUGUUCCUAUUGCGGAAGACCCUGGAGGAGAUGGAGCUGCGAAUUGAAACGCAGAAGCAAACCCUAAAUGCUCGAGAUGAGUCCAUUAAGAAGCUUCUGGAGAUGUUACAGAGCAAAGGACUUUCUGCCAAAGCCACUGAAGAAGACCAUGAAAGAACAAGGAGACUGGCAGAGGCAGAAAUGCAUGUCCACCACCUAGAAAGUCUUUUGGAGCAAAAGGAAAAAGAGAAUAAUAUGUUGAGAGAGGAGAUGCAUCGGAGAUUUGAGAAUGCCCCUGAUUCUGCCAAAACAAAAGCCUUGCAAACUGUCAUUGAGAUGAAGGAUUCAAAAAUUUCUUCCAUGGAGCGUGGACUCCGAGACCUUGAAGAGGAAAUUCAGAUGCUGAAAUCAAAUGGGGCUUUGAGUACUGAAGAACGGGAGGAAGAAAUGAAACAGAUGGAGGUGUAUAGGAGCCACUCCAAAUUCAUGAAAAAUAAGGUAGAGCAACUGAAGGAGGAACUAAGUUCGAAAGAGGCUCAAGGGGAGGAGCUGAAAAAGAGAGCUGCUGGUCUUCAGUCUGAGGUCUUUGCAAUUGGCCAGGUGAAACAAGAGUUGUCUAGAAAGGACACGGAAUUGCUAGCUUUACAAACAAAGCUAGAAACUCUCACGAACCAAUUUUCAGACAGUAAGCAACAUAUUGAGGUGCUAAAGGAGUCCCUUACUGCUAAGGAACAAAGGGCUGCCAUCCUGCAGACGGAGGUGGAUGCUCUUCGAUUGCGUUUGGAAGAAAAGGAGACGAUGCUGAAUAAAAAAACCAAACAAAUUCAAGAUAUGGCUGAGGAGAAGGGUACACAAGCUGGAGAGAUACAUGACCUCAAGGACAUGCUGGAUGUGAAGGAACGGAAGGUCAAUGUUCUUCAAAAGAAGAUUGAAAAUCUCCAGGAACAACUGAGAGAUAAAGAGAAACAGAUGAGCAGCUUGAAAGAGCGAGUCAAGUCUCUGCAGGCGGACACCACCAACACAGACACAGCGCUAACGACCUUGGAGGAGGCUCUUGCAGAGAAAGAACGAACAAUUGAACGCUUAAAGGAGCAGCGGGACAGAGAUGAGCGAGAGAAGCAAGAGGAGAUUGACACCUACAAAAAAGAUCUUAAAGACUUGAAAGAAAAAGUCAGUCUACUGCAAGGAGACCUCUCAGAGAAGGAGGCUUCUCUUCUGGAUCUCAAAGAGCAUGCUUCUUCCCUGGCUUCCUCAGGACUGAAAAAGGACUCACGGCUCAAGACACUAGAAAUUGCUCUUGAGCAAAAGAAGGAAGAGUGCCUGAAAAUGGAAUCACAGCUGAAGAAGGCUCAUGAAGCAACAUUGGAAGCCAGAGCCAGUCCAGAGAUGAGUGACCGAAUACAGCACUUGGAGAGAGAGAUUUCCAGGUACAAAGAUGAAUCCAGCAAGGCCCAGACAGAAGUUGACCGCCUCUUGGAAAUCUUGAAAGAAGUGGAAAAUGAGAAGAACGACAAAGAUAAGAAAAUAGCUGAGUUAGAGAGUCUCACUUCAAGGCAAGUGAAAGACCAGAAUAAGAAGGUAGCAAAUCUGAAGCACAAGGAGCAGGUGGAGAAGAAGAAGAGUGCACAGAUGCUGGAGGAGGCCCGGAGAAGGGAGGACAGUCUCAGCGACAGCUCCCAGCAACUGCAGGACAGUCUUCGUAAGAAGGAUGACAGGAUUGAAGAGCUGGAAGAAGCACUGAGAGAAAGUGUACAGAUAACUGCAGAGCGUGAAAUGGUGCUGGCACAAGAGGAAUCAGCCAGGACCAGUGCUGAGAAACAGGUGGAAGAACUGUUGAUGGCCAUGGAGAAGGUGAAGCAGGAACUGGAGUCCAUGAAAGCUAAGUUGUCCUCUACUCAGCAGUCCCUGGCAGAGAAGGAGACACAUCUCACCAAUCUCCGGGCAGAGAGAAGGAAGCACCUAGAGGAAGUUUUGGAGAUGAAGCAAGAAGCUCUUCUGGCAGCUAUUAGUGAAAAGGAUGCUAAUAUAGCUCUUUUAGAGCUUUCGUCCUCUAAGAAAAAGACCCAAGAAGAAGUGGCUGCACUGAAAAGGGAAAAGGACCGCCUGGUGCAGCAACUCAAACAACAGACACAAAAUCGAAUGAAACUAAUGGCUGACAAUUAUGAGGAUGACCACUUCAAAUCCUCCCGUUCCAAUCAGACGAACCAUAAACCCUCCCCAGACCAGAUCAUCCAGCCCCUCUUAGAACUUGACCAAAAUAGAAGCAAGUUAAAGUUGUAUAUUGGACACCUGACAGCCCUCUGCCAUGACCGAGACCCCUUAAUCCUUCGUGGACUCACUCCACCAGCUUCUUAUAAUGCAGAUGAUGACCAGGCAGCUUGGGAGAAUGAGCUGCAGAAGAUGACCCAGGAGCAGCUUCAGAGUGAGCUGGAGAAAGUCGAAGGGGACAAUGCGGAGCUGCAGGAGUUCGCCAACACCAUUCUUCAGCAGAUAGCCGAUCACUGCCCUGACAUCCUUGAGCAAGUUGUCAAUGCCCUGGAAGAGUCCUCCUGAUGUGCUCCAAGGAAGCUGAUCAAGGAGCCAGAAAGGAGAACCUGAGGAGCAGGUGUCUGAGUCACCUCCAGACCAGACCCUGCCAGCUGGAGGCGCGAACCCAGCCCAUCUGUGUCUGUCGUCAUCCUCUGCCUUCUGCUUUGAAUGUUGUCUCUGCACAGAUCUCCUUGGUCUCCAUGAAGAACUGUGCUUAUCAUCAGCAGAGAGCUGGGGAGACCGGCACACUGCUCUUCUAGGAACGGGAAGCCAGAAGCCCAUCCGGCUCAUCUGGAGCCCACGCAGAGCUCUGUGCUUUGAGAGCGUGGUGCUGAAGCUUUGGAAUGCGUGCUUUCUCUGCAGAGGGUGGAGAAGGAGGGAGCAGGUGGCCAGGGACAGAGGAAAGCGCUUCUGCUGCGCUGCCCGUGUGUUUACCAGCCCUGCUUGCGGUCAUGACCAUCGGGCAGAGGCGGGCCUAUGCAGCUUCGCUCUCGCCUGCUAUGAGUCCUGGCCUGUUCCUGUCUCGCCUGCACUGCUCUCAGCUGACAAGAGGGCAAUGUACACAGUGGUCACCCUGCUCACUCUUGUUAAGACCUUCGACCGUCCCACACUUCACUGCUAGGUUAAACGUCUGACCUGAAGAGAAGACGGUUUAGCACGAAGGGCCCUGUUGUCACUGCUUGCAGCUUUGCUCCUCAAGAGAAGAUGUCUCAUAGGGUCAUGCUGAUUCCUCCUGAACAUCACCCACAAUGCUGUCUGCUCCCUCAACCCUGCCCCAAGCUACUGUAGAAUAGGGGUUGCUAGAGUAUGUGAUCCACUGCCCACCUUCUCAGCCUCAGAGUCACAGCCUCAUGCCAUGCCUAAAAGCUUCUUUUGGAACAACUAAGCUUGUCUUAUCUUACACACAUUCUUCCCUCUAUUCAUUCAUUCAAAAAAUACUAUGAAAUGCCUGCUGUCUGCACUUAAGUGUUCGAGGCACCCUUCUUUGCGAAGCCUCUGGUAGGGAAAGGUGUGGGGAUCAUGUAAGGCUCGCCCAGUUGAAUCCGUGGUGAAAGCACACCUUCUGCUUCCCAGGCCAGCAUCCUUUGUCCCCAUUAUUGAUUCAUCAGUGGACUUGAGUUCAGGGUCUUUGCUGUCAGUGCUGUUACCCUGAAAGGUGUUCUGAACCCGUCCGUUUGUGUCAGCUGACUGGUUAACACAUGCAUACUCACCCCGUGGACUCGGCCAGCGCCAUGCUGAAACCAGGUGCAGAUGACAGCUGUCAUACAUAACCAGGCUUUAAGAAAGACAGCGCAGCACUCAUCUAGCCCUUUGUUCCCUGAUGCAGACACCUGGUGCCCCAUCUUCUGACAGGGCUGCAUUCCAUCCUCUCUGCCCAUCCACACUCUCAAAAGAAUUUAAUGCUACCUGUAAAUUCCUCACGGCCCCCAACCUAGGACAGUCACAUCCCUGCUUCCCUUCUUCCCUGCCAUAAAGUGUUCCCUUGUGAGAUGCUGAGGAGUGUUCCCAGGGGGGUUGAAUGGACUCUGUCAUAAGCCUCACUGAGACACUUUCAGAGAUCUCACAUGGAGAUGUGGCCAGAAAUAAGGAUUAAUGCUGCUCAGUUCUCUCAGUUCUUUUUAUCGUCCCCUCCAUAGGUCCUGUAGGAGACCCCAGUGUUUCAGGAUAGGGAAGUUAGAAUCUGAGUUUAUGUCCAGAUGUAAGGAACCACCACCUAAUAACAGCUUCACAGGCUGCUGAUGCUGUCCAGCUCUUCUCCAGCUGCUCUGGGAGGGACCUUCUCUCCCCCCCCCCCCAAGCAGGUCUCCUUGGUGUUUGUUAGCAAAGGUUACUGUCUACCACUCAUACCUGCUUCCUUCUCUCUACUCUAAAACUUUUCUCCAUCAGGUCCCUCCAGAGAGGCUUCAGGAGGCUUCCGGGCCACAUGCUUAUCCAGAAGGCAAGUUUAUAAGACAGACAUUGACCUCUGCACCAUAACAGGGAUUUAUUUCCUCCUCUGGUGGUAAUCCAGUGACUCAAAUGCUUCCAGAGGCUGUGGAGCUAAAGUUGAACCAUAGCAUGGCCUUUGUGUUAGGGGAAGUUAAUAGGUUAUCUGGCAUUCGGAUCUUACUGACUUUAUGUCAUUCAUUAGGCCAAUGUUUACUAAAUACAUAACUGCCUUUGCACUGAGACAUGUGAUCCCAUGACUGUCUUCAUGCACAAGACAUCUGGCCUUGAGAGCUCACUGAGGGUUGUUAGGACCAUCCCCAUCACUUCAUUCCAUUGUCAAACCCCUUUGCACCUAAACACCUCUGCCCCAAAUGAAGGUCAUCGUGAGAAUGACAGUAAGAAAUGAGGACUGGAACCCAACCUGGGGCUCCUAGCUAAAGCAGCACCAUAUGGGCCCUGUGUCCCUAAGUAGGCCUCUGUCCCAGGUCUUCAUUGACUGACUGGUGGCACAUCUGAAUGGGAUUAGCAAGGACUUAAAGACCAUUAAAGAUGGAGAAGUCCCAGUGGCUUCGGCGACUGGAAAUGUAGAGGCCGUCCUCCAGUCCCUGUCAGCCUUUUUUCUCAUCCAUCUUCCUGAGGCCUGGGUGUACCUCUUCCUCACCUGUGGCCUUAGAAACUGUAGGAAAGCAGUGGAACUGCAACCACUGAUGACGGUUUUGCAGGUCAUGCUGUGGCUGGCCACAUCCCAUCCAUGUGUUUGGCUUCCUGGGAAGAAUAUGUUGGCUCACUUUCUCCCUCGUGAGAGAUGAAGUCAGCGCAGAUGGUUCUCACGUGCUACUGUCCUGCCCCUCCACUGUUGACACUGGGAUUGGUUUGGCAUCACACCCGCCUGUUUGACUGAAGCGCAGGCCCACUGGCCUCCCUCCACGUCUUUGAAGAAGGGCCAAAGCAAGGCUACGUAGACUGUGACACUCACAGGCCUAAGUCCCAGCAGUUGCCAUGUCAGCAGGACCAGUAACUCUCAAGCCUGCCUCCCCAGCCUCGCCUCCUGCCUGCCGAACCCAGUGCCCAGGGAAAGGAGCCAGAACGAUGAAGCUGCAGCACAGGCCUGGUGGGCGCCGCCGUCACUGCCAGUCUCGGAGCUCUUGACCAGUCAAAUGUGUUCCCUCCCGUGAACCACGAUAACGUUCAGGGACGAAGAAAACGUGACCUGGGGGCCUUCUGAACAAAAUGGCUGUCUGUACUCUUUUUAAACAGAAACUUUCCAAACUUUUUAGUGUCAAAAUUGUAACCAAGUGUUUUCUUGAUUCUUCCCACUGUGUUUGGCAAGUGCUGUGACCCUAUUGUAGGUAUUUCUCCUGCCUCUUUUGAGGGAGAAUUGAUUUUAGGGGUUGAUUUUGGGGGAGCGGGUUAUCUGUCCCGUCCCGCCACCUCUUGUCUCUCUGCUUGUUGAUAUUGUCUGUGUGAUUCAGAGAAUCGGGGCAGUUACAUUAUGUCCAUUGUUGAGAAUAUUAAAAUAUUAAAAAGUAGUUAUAGAACUGAAAAAUUAAAGAGCUGUGUUUUUAAAAAUGCAAACCCAUAAAUAAUCAUGUUAACAAAGGAAUUCAAGCUAUGGGCAGCCUAGCUCCUCCCCUCCAGGUUGGUGAGGUGGUAGCCAAGUCAGCCCUUGGGAAACACACUGACCACACUUGAGGUAGGUGACUGCCUGGGAGCAAGAGAAAGGAGAAUCUGGGCCUCAAAGCCUCUCAGUUGUGUCAGGUUUUCUAUACAUCCUCAGGACCUCCGAGUAGAGACUUCAGAGUUGGUGACCCCAGGACCACCCUCGCCCUCACUUUGGAUCAAGCCUUGUGUGCCUAGUGCUGUGUGGUAACCUGGGCUUGGGCCUGCUUGCCAGGCCACAGGACCUCUUCCUGCCCACUUGGUGCUAUUUCAUCGUGACCAUCCAACAGGGCAGUCUGGUCUCCAGAGCCUGCAGCCAGUGUGCCAUAUAUGGCCCUCAGAGCCUGGUCCUCUCUGGCUUCAGAUCCUAGAUUCUUCCCUUUGAAGCUUUUUAGACCCAGACCCCCUUGGCUCCAGAAAUACCAGAGUCAAGAAAGGAAUUGAGCCAGGCUGAGGCAGGGAGAUCCACCCCUGUGCCACAGUGAGCACAGCAGCCCAGCCCCCUUCCCUGCCACACCAGUAUUACAUCCGUCCUUUAAAGCAUCUGGUCCCGCCUGAGGCUCAUGCCAUCCACUGGGCCAGCUGCCCAGUACAGACCAGAAAGCUGCCUUGCACAGCAGGCUGUCCCACGAUGGGGACUUAGCUUUAUUCUGUACCCCUACUUAAGAAGAGGCAUGUUGCACUUUAGUGGGGAGCCCAGAACACUGGGCACUAACUUCCUGUAGCUUGAGUCUCUAUAGAUAGCAGUGGUGGCAGCCUGAUUGCUCGUGUGAAACAGCUGUAGCUGCUGUCCUCAACUGUGCACAUGCGUGCAGUUACUAGCGUCGAAUUGCCGGCCUGAUGAUGACAUUACAAAGACAUUGUGUUCUGUUCAACUUUGCCUUGGUAAUUAUUGUAAACACUUUGUUCGAGUUUUUUUCUUUUUUAUUCAUGAACUAAAUCCAUCAGGAAAUUAUAAACUUAUUUAAAAACUG